AUGGCGGCAUCACUGUUCACCUUCUCCUCUACUUCAAGAAGAGUCGUCCCAGCUCCAAACUCUCCUCCUCUUCCCAUAUACAUCAAAGCCAAAAACGUUGUUUUCAACCCUGAUAUACCAAAUGUUCAUCGAGGUCUUGGACUUGAUGAUUUUGUCAAUUUCUUAGUCUCCUGCCGACUUCAAUACGCAAUUAGUGACGUUCCAUCAGAGUUCUUUCCCGAACAAGUAUGUUACCAAUCUUUGAACCAUUUUGAGCUUCCAACUAUUGAACGUUGUCGACGCCUCUUUGAUCAACUGGGCUAUGAUCACUCAAAGGCUGGUGCUCGAUCAGCUAUCAUUCUGUGUCAAUGUAUGACUCCAGGAUGGAAGUUCUUCACCGGGGAUCUGUGCAAAUGUGUGGGUCACAAAUCUCGCAGUGGUGAUCAACUGAGCACUUAUGAGCAACAAGUUGUCUGUUCCCUUCUUCUCAACAAACGUCUUGAUUAUGGGGCUUUCUUCUUUGAUCAUCUUGUCCAACUUCUUCGUACAAAUGUAAGCGCUGAUCAUGUCCCCUUUCUAAGUUGGAUUGCUCUUGUGCUAGAUAAAUUUUUCGCUGAAGCUUACUACUCCCACUCUGGAAACCCGAUCCAAUGCCCAUGCAUGUUAGUGCCAAUAUAUCAGGAUGAUCCAAUGGAAACUGACAUCGUCAUCUCAGAUCGAAUGAGAGAAUGGAUCGCAAAAUCCAUAUACUGUUCCUUCACUAACCGCUGA